AUGCAAAAGCAUAACACAGACCUCUGAGGGCUCGAGGCACACAAGCUAGAUUUAAUGUGGGGGUCAAAUGGCCUGACCACGUUUCUGACGCCCCGUGGUGAGUAAAUCUGAGGCAAGGAAGUCUGGAACUAAAAAUCACCUGUGGCGGUCAUUCUGCUCUAGAGGUUGUGGAGAACUUGCUCAGCUCUCACUGUGAAGCCAUAAGAGUUUUUCCCCUUUAAAAAAAAAAAAAUUGUAUUUAUUGGACUCAUUUGGAAACGAUAGAGCUGCAUUCAGUUUCACAUCAGAAGUCUGGAAAGAGAAAUGUCCUAUACAACAAAACUCCCUGCAUCCUGGAAUGAUGAGCCUCCUCCUCGGAAAGUGGAGAUCGACCUGAGCUCACCUGGACUUGCGGUGGUCGAGUUGGAAAGACUCUUGUUUACUGGCAAAGCCAUUAUGAGUCACGCAGAUGAAGUCUGGCCAAGGCUCUACAUUGGUGACCAGCACAGUGCAGAGAACACGGCUGAUCUGUCCAAGCAUCAGAUCACACACAUCCUGAAUGCAGCUCACAGUAAGCGUGGAGGACAGCCAGGAAUCUACAGGGGCAUGAAGAUCACAUACAAGGGCAUAGAGGCUCAUGACUCCUGUGGCUUUGACAUGAGUGUCAACUUCGCCACAGCAGCAGACUUUAUUCACAGGGCUCUCAGCAGGGGAGACAAAGUGCUGGUGCACUGUCACGUCGGGGUGAGCCGCUCUGCCACUCUGGUCCUUGCGUACCUGAUGCUGAAGCAGAACCUGACGCUUGUGGAGGCUAUUUGUGCUGUGAAAGAUAAACGUGGUGUGAGCCCUAAUCGAGGAUUCCUCAGACAGCUCAUCGAACUAGAUGGUCAGCUGUUUGGCACGCAUCCCUGAAUGCUGCUCAGCUGUCGUGGUUCCACAACCUAAGGACAAAGAUGGCUCCAUUAUGAGAAACAAUGAUGUCAUUAUGUGGAUUUAUAAAUGUUUUAGAGUCUCAGACUUGCAGCGUCUGAUCCAUUCCAGGAUCAUGUUCUAAUUUCUAUGAACUUUAAGGUGAAAAUAUUUAUAUUCAGUCAGUUUGUAAAUGUUGAUUCAAGUUUAACAGUAAAAAUGGGAUCU